AUGCAACAAUUUGCACAACAAGCUAGGAAAUCUGCUGAGUUGGACAAUAAUCCUGUUAUAUUCCAGCACCCAAAUCCACCAAAUGAAGCUGCUGCUUUCUCUAUAUAUCACGAAUCACACAAUCUAGCGACAGCUCCUUAUUACAAAGACAGUGCAUAUCUCACCGGGAAAGAAGAGCUUAGAUUUGACCUCAUAAACCCACAGGCAUCUGGCUAUGAACAACUUGCUAGGAAACUCAAAUCGCAUAUCAGACGCCGUUCUUACAGCAUUAGUACGGGUGCGUCAGAGAAGAUAUCUGCAUUAUCCAACAGGAUUCCAUCCAGAAGGAAUUCUCUUCAAUCAAGCCCGUUGUCGGCAUCAUCGUCCACUCAGAGUGUGCCUCUUUUGGGGAAUACAUCAAACAAGUAAAGCAUAGUCCGCUCAUGAGCCUCAGAAUGGUAUUGAUAUUUUGAAACAUUACGUCAAUUUCUUAUUCCAGUUGACCAAGUCAUCAAACUUUACUUGCGUUCCACCGAAUACAUCAAGCGCACUGUUUAAUAUGUUAAUAGGAAUCCGAUUUAACCAUAUAUAGGCUUACCUUCC